AUGGAGCCGCGGGCAGAACUGGUGCUGCAUGGGGCUCAGGUGCAGGUGAGAGCAAUGGCACUGAUGGGCACCAUUGGAAGCUCAGGUGCUACAGGAAGCUCAGGUGCUACAGGAAGCUCAGGUGUUACAGGAAGCUCAGGUGUUACAGGAAGCUCAGGUGUUACAGGAAGCUCAGGUGUUACAGGAAGCUCAGGUGUUACAGGAAGCUCAGGUGCUACAGGAAGCUCAGGUGUUACAGGAAGCUCAGGUGUUACAGGAAGCUCAGGUGUUACAGGAAGCUCAGGUGUUACAGGAAGCUCAGGUGCUACAGGAAGCUCAGGUGUUACAGGAAGCUCGGGUGCUGAUGGGCACUGA